AUGCAAAAUGUCGUAAAACCAUCGGCACAUCGUUUAUAUCCAGGUGUCAUUGAAAAGAGACGAUCUCGAGCUUGGCGUAUGCAUCAUCAAUUAUGCAAUGAAAGAUAUAAAAAUGAUGUAGCUACUAACGAAUCAUGGUUUUACUUCGACGCAAGCCAAGGUGUUAGAGAUAUAUAUUAUGUCAGAAGCGACGGAUUAUCAGAAGAAGUUAACAAAAUCGCACGAAACUAUUUGCAUCCUGUGGCUGUGUUGGUUUGGGUGGAUGUGAGCACACAUUGUAAGAGUCAGUUACAUUUUGUUGAACAUGGUUCAACAAUUACCAGUCGAUACUAUAUUGAUCAUAUAAUAGAGCCAUUUAUUAAAUAUGAUAAUCCUCGUUUAUUUGCUGGUGACACACAAAAGAAAAUGACUCUUCAUCAAGAUAGUGCACCAGGUCAUGCAACCAAAGUGACACUUAGUUAUAUGAAAGAAAAGAAAAUUCAAGUUAUAACACCUACAGAGUGA